GUAGAGAUUUUGGGGGAGCGACUUUUUAACUCCCGUUGUUGGCGACUUGGCGUCAUCUUCCACAGAGACAACCCAAUUUCCUGAACGCCCAGAAACUUCUGCAGACGAUCGGUGCAGCAUCGGAAGAUCCAUGGGCAUGGAGGAAGAAGCACAAAUUAUGCUCAUCUCUCCGGCGGAGCCCAAAGGUAGUCCAGUCAAGGACCAGCAAGCCGCCGGAGUUGGAAUCCUCCUUCAGAUCAUGAUGCUUGUUCUCUCUUUCGUUCUCGGUCAUGUUCUUCGCCGGCAUAGAGUCUAUUUUCUUCCCGAAGCCAGUGCUUCUCUUCUCAUCGGUUUAAUCGUCGGCGGGCUUGCCAACAUUUCCAAUACUGAAACUAACAUCAGGGCGUGGUUCAACUUUCACGAGGAAUUUUUCUUCCUUUUCCUUUUGUUUGUAAAUUCUUGUGUUUAUAACUUGCGCUAG